UUCUAGUGAGACGAGGUCCUGAUAACAAGGCGGAGCUGGUGCUGUUGGAUCACGGCCUGUACGAAUACCUCAGUCAGCGAGACAGAGUGGCCCUUUGUAAGCUGUGGCGGUCCAUAGUCCUGAGAGACGAAGCAGCGAUGGAGAGGUACUCCAAAGCGCUCGGCAUCAAAGAGUACUUCCUGUUCUGCGAAAUGCUGCUGCAGCGUCCCAUCAACAUGCGUGAGCUGGGCCUGUCCAACAUCCUGAGUCGAGAGGAGACCACCUACAUGCGCGAGAUGGCCAGCAACCGGUUCGACAGCAUCAUGCAGGUGCUGAAGGCGAUGCCUCGACCCAUGCUGCUCGUGUUCCGCAACGUCAACACAGUCCGAAGCAUCAACAUCACGCUGGGAGCGCCGGUGGACCGUUACUUCGUCAUGGCCAAGAGGUCAGUGCAGAGGCAGAGGUUCCCAAACUUUUCACACCAAUGCACCAAACUGAACUUCACUUUCAAACAAUGCAACAACUACAGAGGGACUCUAAAAGUCCUACGAAUUUGUCAUAAUUCUGUAAAAUAAUACUAAAUAUGUAUUUAUGAUCAUU